CUCUUUCGCUUUCUCUCUCCCCACUGCCAGACCUGUUCGGGUCAUCACUGCCUCUCACUGCAACAUUGGUCUUCUUCCCCUCUGGUUUAGGGCUCAAUUUCACAGCUUUUUCUUCCCCAGCCUCUUCCAAUCUUGGUUUUCGAGAAUGGAGGCUUCUGCUCUUAGCUUCGUAGAGAAGAGGAUUUGGAUAGGCUCUCUUAUGGAGGCUCUGGCGGUGGAGACUGUUCUUGCUGCUGGGAAAUGCCUCGUUUGGCUUCUGAAAGUGACUGAAUCUCUGUUGACUGAUGUCAAUCAUUCAGUGCCACCAAAGUUCACUCAAAUGGAUGGAAGGUUUCCUUUAGAUGAACUCGUGAGGGGAAAAUGUGGUUUCAUAGAAUGCAAGGAUGGUAGUGAUGAAGAUGAUGAUGAAGAUGACCAAGAUGAAGAAGAUGCAAAUGAUCAAGAUGAUGAUGAUGAUGCAGGAGAUGAGGACUUUUCAGGUGGUGAGGAAGAAGCAGAUCCUGAGGCCAAUGGUGCAGGAGGAAGUGAUGAUGGGGAUGAGGAUGAUGAUGAAGAUGGAGACGAAGAUGAUGAGGAGGACGGGGAAGAUGAUGAUGAGGAAGAAGAGGAAGAGGAAGAAGAAGAAGAGGAUGAUGAGGAGGAGGUACCCCAGCCACCUGCUAAGAAAAGAAAGUGAGAAAUUGAGAAUUAUAGUAGUAGGUAACAUUGUUUUCUUCUCAUCCCCCUGUAAUGUUCUCUCAGUCAUGCUUAGUUCUUAGGACAGUUCUCUUAUCUUCCUUCUGGAUGGACCUGUUGUUUUACCUUGUGUUGGAGAUCAUAACAUCAUAACGAAUGUAUUCUCAUUUGUGAUUUUCAUAGCUGGGCAUGAGCAGACAAGGUUUGGUGACACAUUCUUAGCGUCUAUUCAAUGAAAUGGGUUAUGUUCUCACUGGCCAGGCUUUUAACAAAUAGCUCAAACCUUUACCAUCUGUACCCAAUAGUUCCCCGUUGACAUUUGUAAAAGCCAGUUCUCUCCUAUUUCCUCUCUAUCAGGCGAUGCGGAAUUUCUUAGUUAUCACAUCUCCACUUUCAUCA